AUAUUGAUGAUAUCUCUGGUAAGCGGCAAAAGGGGGAACUGGAACUUGGUCAUGAUUUUAUUGUUUUUUAUUAUUUUUCCAACACACAGACAAGGGCGGAAGAUGUCCAUAGCUUGGCAAAUUGAAAAAUGAAGAAUGACUGGAAAUGAAGAAUUACUGUACGUAAAAUGGAUUAACCAUCCAUGGUGAAACCAUCGAACAGAGCACCAGGAGGAAACCCACCAAGCACUGGGAGCACAUUCAAAAUCCACGCACACACAGACCCCAAGGUGGGAAUCGAACCUGAACCCUGGAGGUGCAAGGCAACAGCGCUAACCACUACACCCCUAUGCCGCCUAGGGGAUUUUGAAGAGGGUUCAGACGCACACCAACUGGUUACAGAUUCUGUGAUUGACAGAGAAGACAAGCAAUUCCCCUCCCACUCAGGAUUUAGCAAUGGCCUUUUGGGCUUUGCCGAGGCUCUCCAUGUCUCCCAGUGCUGUGGAGAUCUCCAUGAACAUGCUCAGGAACUGGGUAUACCCCUAAGUGACCUGGGAAAGGAUCCAGACCGCCCACGACCCAGUAAAGCAGUACAGACGACAAGCAUAAUCCUGUACUCGGAUUGUGAGAGCGGUUCUGGGAGCAUGAGGAAUCAUUUUCACACAUGAACUGCAGCCACCAUAUUGUGUGCUGUAAUCAAAGCUAAAGCCUGUCAAAGUGUUGACCCCUCCGGAAAGGUCAGAUGUUCGAGGUGUUCUCCAUCAACCCCUGAAGUCCUCAGAGGAGCAACUGCAGACAAGAGCCUAGGAGGUCAUUUUCACAGGACAAAAACAACCGCCUGGUCUUGCAGUAAAGUGUGCCGUCCAACGAUGCUGUGGGUCACGGUGCUAAUAGCAACCAUAUCCUGCACGCUGAUGAGACACGGCCAUUGCCAAUCAAACUCCUCAGAAGACUUCCUGUUCUCCAGUGACCCAGCUGCCAUUCUACUUCCUGACCUUCAUGCCACCCUCUCACCUCUGACCCUGAAUCAGGUCAUAAGCCUCGAACCUAAAUCUGCCACUCUCGUUGCCUCGCACUCAUCUUUCAUUUCGGAGAAUGGAUCAGUGCGAGCACGCCCUCUUCCUCCCCCACCAGCGUGCUUGCGCAGGACGUCUAUGAAAGUCGUGUUUAAGUAUGUGAACACCGUUCUGUCUUGUGUGAUCUUCAUUGUGGGCGUAGUAGGUAAUGCCACGCUGCUAAGGAUCAUAUGCCUUAACAAGAACAUGAGAAACGGCCCCAAUGCCCUGAUCGCCAGUCUGGCACUAGGAGACCUCAUCUACAUUGCCAUCGACAUCCCCAUCCACAUCUAUAAGUUGCUGGCGAUGAGAUGGCCUUUUAACGACACAGCGUUCGGACUCUUCCUGUGUAAGCUCUUUCCCUUCCUGCAAAAGGCUUCAGUUGGGAUCACGGUGCUGAACCUGUGUGCUCUCAGUGUGGACAGGUAUCGUGCUGUGGCCUCAUGGAACCGUGUGCAAGGUGUGGGAAUACCUGCCUCGACCGCAGUAGAAAUCAUGUGUAUAUGGAUAUUGUCCAUUCUUCUGGCUGUUCCUGAAGCUGUGGGUUUUAACAUGGUCAGCUUUGACCACAACAACGUGACUGUACAAACCUGCAUGCUCAAGCCAGAAUCACAGUUUAUGAUUUUUUACAGAGACGUAAAGGACUGGUGGUUGUUUGGGUUUUACUUCUGCAUACCGUUAGCAUGUACGGCUAUCUUCUACACGCUGAUGACCUGCGAGAUGCUAAAUUACAGAAAAGGAAGUCUGAGAAUCGCACUCAGCGAACACAUCAAACAGCGCCGUGAGGUAGCGAAGGCUGUGUUCUCUCUGGUGCUAAUCUUUGCUCUGUGCUGGUUUCCUCUUCACCUGAGUCGCAUUCUGAAGAACAUGGUAUACUUUCAGCACGACGCACAGCGCUGUGAUCUGCUCAAUUUCCUGCUGGUGCUUGAUUACUUCAGCAUUAACCUGGCAACGAUAAACUCCUGCAUCAACCCCAUCAUACUCUACCUUGUCAGCAAGAAGUUCAAAAACUGCUUCAAGUCAUGUUUGUGUUGUUGGUGUUACUCGGGUUCUCUGCUGAGCAGCAUGGGGACCAGCAUCCAGUACAAGAACCCUGACCUACAGAACGGCCUUACAGAUCGCACAGCGUUGCGGAAGGACAGUUACAACUGAGAACACACACUUAAAGGAUCAGAAUGGUCCCAAAAGCAACUGGCAUGCUGAGAUGAUGGACAUUGGCUGCCGAGAUGGCUGAUCUCAAAAUCAUCGUCUCAAAAUGCUUGAAAAAGACUUUUUUGUGCACAUCACCAAAAAUUCUGAAAUUUAAACCACAUUUUUUUAUGCUGAUAGUGUUAUUGUAGAAAAGGGCUUUAAUGUAUUCUAUUGUACUAUUUUGUUUAAUAUUUAUUCACGUGAGAACUUGAAACAGUAUCAGUAAGCCAACAACAUCAUCAUAUUCAUCGGCAAUAAGUUAUUCAAAGCUUGAAGAUAUCAUUUUCUUUCCUUCAAUUAUUUUUCAGUUAUGGUAUUUCAGAAGUUAGUACAUUAUUGGAUGCAUAUCUCAUACAUGGCCAUGUGACCAGUAACAUUGGAAUUUUAUUCUAAUUUUAAAUGCUGCCAUGCCCUGCCUGGCUUUUCUUUAUGUUCUCAUCUUGGUUAUGAACUGCUGCCCAUUUUCACAGCACAUAAACUUUAUGAUGAAGGCUUCUGCUGCUGCUUAGCCCAUUUUACUGUGUCUCGAGUUUUCCUAAUGUACAUUGUGGAAGAGCGAGCAUCGGAUUGAACAUUACAAACUUUCAGUACAAGUUGAUCCUACCCUUUUAUAAUGCUUUCGGAAAAUUUAUAGUAGGUAUGAUCUGCUAUUAUCAUGAUGCAUUUGACUGCAUUCACUUAAAAACAUAAAUAAAUUAAUAAAUAAACAGUUCUAUUAAUCACACA